AUGCAUCAGUUGUUAAAUUAUAUUCGAUCGACAUCGCUUAAAAAUCGAAUAUUUUUUGGUUUAUCUAUUUUUUGUCCAAUUGCAUUUAUUUCAAAAUAUAUUUUUUCUGAUAAUCCAACAUUAAUAUUUUGUACAGCAAUUUUAGCAAUUAUUCCAUUAGCUGCAUUUUCAACUGAAGCAACCGAAAGUGUCGCACAAUAUUGCGGAAACUUUUUUGGAGGAUUUCUAAAUUCUGGUUUAGGAAAUAUUGCUGAACUUAUAUUUACAAUUGUUGCUUUAAGAAAAGGUUUAAUCAAUGUUGUUAAAGCAUCAAUUCUAGGGGCUGUAACAUCCAAUGUUUGCGUAGGAGUUGGUUUAGCUCUGUUUUUUGGUGGACUACGUUUUAAAGAACAAACAUUUGGUGAAAAAUUAGCUGGAAUUAAUGCUGCUUCAUUAACUUGUCUUACAAUUGUUAUUCUAUGUCCAUCAGCAUUAAAGAUUUCGUUAGGAUCGCAUGUUAUGAGUACAACUAUAAUGCGUCGUUUCUCUUAUGUUAGUGCAAUCAUUCUUUUUGUACUUGGUAUUGUUAAUAUUAUAUUUGCUUGGAAAACACAUUCCUAUUUAUAUACUGCUGAUAUUAAACGUAAAACUAUAACAAAACGUCGCCAGCAAGCUGCAUUAUCUAUGAUGGCUCUUGAUCAAACACCAUCUCCUUUAAAUACACCACCCGCACCUACUAAUAAUAAACUUACAAAAAUAUAUUUACUCAUAAAAGAUAUAAGUACACUGAUAUUGACCACUAUAUUAAUUGUAUGUUUAUGUCAAUUUAUUGUUGAUAGUCUCGAAGGGGCAAUUGAAAAAUUACAUAUUAGUUCAAGUUUUACAGCAGCUAUUAUUCUUCCAUUAGUUAGUUCAAUUAUUGAAUUUGUAACAUGUAUUUCAUGUGCAUUGAAGAAUAAAAUUGAACUGAGUAUGUAA